CAAGCACAAACACGUGACUUCUUCGGACAAUGAGCAAUCAAGUUAACUCUCGAUGUAUGCAUUGAAUCAAACGAUAUCCCAAUACUGAUAUAAACGAUUGAAAUAUCUCAUAGUACUCUGCCCUUUACAUUUGGCCAGGCAGUCGCCCAAACCCAAUGAAUGUAUCACGAUUCGGGCUGAAAAUUAGGGCAGUUCGGACCAUGAACACUGGUCUUCCCCACAAGCUGCGUACAGCGCAGGAGCCGCGCCAGAACAUGCUCUAUAAAGUCCGUCUAUCAAGCAUAACACAGGCGAAUCCUACUGUCCGCCUUUUGCGGUUGGCCAUAGGGCGUAAUCCGACUGAAUAUGAAUCCAAUCAUGGCCAAUCAAGACCAUUUCACUUCCUCCCCGGCCAAUGGCUCGACGUCCAUGUCCCCUCCGUCCCACAAGCCGGUGGCUUCACGAUAACCUCCACCCCAAGCGAUGCAUUACCGCCGGUAAGAGAUAGCAGUAACAAUGAAGCUACAGCGGAACCGUACAUAGAACUUGCUGUCCAAGAAUCACCAUCUAAUCCGCCCGCAGCCUGGCUUUGGCGCCCCAGGGAUGAGAUUCUUGGACAGGAGCUGGCAGUAAGGGUUGGCGGGAGCUUUAUCUGGCCACCCCAUGAUGUCCUGCUAGAAGCGAUUGGAAGAGUGGUGUUUGUUGCGGGUGGAGUGGGAAUUAACCCGCUAAUUUCAAUGAUAUCACAUAUCUUCAAAAAUCCCUCCCACUUACCACAUUCACCAGCCAUUCAUUUACUUUAUUCGACCAGACUCCCCACCACCCCCAAGGCUGGUGAAGAUAUCUCGAAACACCUGGACCAAAUCCUCUUUUUCCCCCGGCUUCGGAGCAUUCUCGAUUCUCAACGGCCAGAUCAUCAUACCAAUCGAGAGGAGCCAUCCCUCCGCCUUCACUUUCAUCUCUAUAUCACCAACCUCCAUGGAAUGCCCCACAGUCCCCCAACAGACUUCACAUUGCACAACCGUCGGAUCCAGAUGCCUGAUCUGCAUGACGUCUUUGGUGGAAAAAGAGACGUCGUUCCAGAUGGGUACAGCUCAAAGGACCCCGGUCGAACGGUAUGUUACAUCUGUGGACCACCUGACAUGACCGAUGAGUUCGUCGCUGGUGCCGAAGAGGUCAUUGGGGCCGGGGUGGGCAGGAAGAAGAGCGUGUUUUGUGAAAAGUGGUGGUGAACUUAUUGGUCGG